UUGAAAAAGUUGGCAGUGCAAAGGUUACGCGGAAUUCGGAGUGCGUCGAGUGGAGUGCGCCUUUUAAUUGUGAUCUGAAGGGCAAAGGACAUGAGCAACCAAUCAUAACAGACCAAGAGACGCUGUCAAGGACCCUUCUCUUUGUGGACUGCUCUGGCACCAUUAACUUCAAUAUGAUAUUAUCAAAGAGGACAAAAGGAUAAGUCGCGGCGGCACAUGCGUCUUCAACGAAACGUCAUCUAGGCUAUUUCUCAGAGACACCGCUGUGGAUAGGCUACGCAGUGUCAUGAAAUGUGCGUUCGGCACCGUAGCCUAUGUGAUUCAAAACAUUAGUGUUGGAUCGUAAAUAAGGGCUUUUUGUCCUUUUUAAACGUUUUUAGAGACAAGGAUACAAUAUCGCAAAAUAUCUUAUCGGGACUAUAAAUGGACCUGUAGUCACGCUACUACUGACGCUCAACCACGGACCGUUUCAUGGGUUUCUGGCCAACAAUGGGCGAAUGUAACCGGGUUACAUACCCGAACCUCUAGCUUUGGAAUAUUGGUGGCCAUCAUUCAAAGUUCACACAACUCUCAGUAAAAUAGAUGCAACCAAACUGUAUUGAAUUUAACGUGAACGACUGAGAUUGAUUAAAUUAGGCUAUUUGUCAAUAUGCAGGCAUCAUAUGUGUGCGCUUGAUUGCCAAGAAUGAUUAGGUCGAUUGAUGGCAUUGAAUUAUAAAUUGUUUUAUUGUAGCCAAAUACAUUGUGCAAUUGUUGAUUAAUUAAGUUACAGUCUCAAGCCACUCAUUUGAGUGUUAGCCUACUCAUUUGCUAUAGACGGAUUCAUAAUGACUUAUUUGUAUAAAUUCAUAUAUUUCACGUUCUUAACAAACGGGAAGGGAAUGCCACCCCGGCUGUCAAUCCAUAACAUGGAACCUAAGGACUGCAGAUUGAAUAUUGAUUGAGUGGAGUGAAAAGAGAAAAGAAAAUCAUCAAUUCAUUUACGGAAAUUAGGCUUUUUGGAGUUCUGCACAAUGGGGAUUAUGCUUCAAGUUAUUCUAGGAAUGUUUCAGUUCCUCUUGCUCUCCAGAAUACCCACGUCCCAUGCCAAGCUAGCCCACUGGAGACCUGCGGACACCACCCCCAAAUCUAGAGAAGUGCGUCGGUGGUUGGAGGUGUACUCUCGGAGUGGUUGUGAGCCCAGAGAUACCCUGGUGGAGGUGUGGCAGGAGUUGCCGGGAGAGACGCAUCACCUCUUCGUGCCUUCCUGUGUGUCGGUCCGCCGCUGUGAUGGGUGCUGCUCCGACGAGGCACUGGAGUGUGUGCCCUCAACUCACACACGUCUCCUAUCACAUGGAGGUACACACUCACACACUCUAUCAACCAUGGAGUACACACUCACAAACUCUAUCACCAUGGAGCCAUGGAGGUAA